CAUCCCCCACCUAGUAAAGAAGUCCACAUAGCAACUUUUAUCAUGUGCAUCGUGAGUGGCAGAACGCUAUCACAGCACCAAGGACACACAAAAAUGAGAAACACAAAGAGAACGCCGCUACAUGCAAACAGUGGAAGACGUCUACUCGGAGAUCUACUAGACGCCAUCUCCACCUCUUGAUUCCAUUUUUCAUAUAUUCGGAGCCCUUUGUGUAAGUUCGCGCGUCCUUUGUGUUUUCGACGACUGUGUCUUCGUGGUCUACUCCACUUUGUGUCGCGGGAGAAACCAUUCCUAACAACUGUCUGGGUUGUUUAUCUGUAACUUCUGAUCUCUCACUGAGUUUCCUUUCGAUCUCAACUUGUUCUUGCGUUUUGCGUUUUGCUUCCGGAUUAAAAAUCUCAUAUAAGAAGAGGGCCAGGUGUUCUCUCUAUCAUUAGCUCAAUCAUUAUAGAGCUCAAUCAUAUGGCAUCAGUUGAAGAAGGUGAAAUUGUUGAAGAUUGUGUGACAAACUAUUAUUUUGUCGAUAGUAACCAAAACCCCUUAUCAUUUUCGUGUCUACCCCUUAAAUGGAAUAACAAUGACGAUGGCGGGCACGAUGAGCGGAAAGUAGAAUCGACUAAACAUGCAUUUCUUCAAGGAAUAGCGGUAGAUGGGUGUCAACAAAUCCAUUGGAAGGUGACUGCAUGGAAGUUUGUUCUUACCUGCACCCUUCCUGAAAUUUAUGUACUUUUGGAUGCUGAGGGUGGAAGAUGGAUAAAGCUCCAAAGGCCACAGAAGAGUUAUGAAGAUAUUAUUAGAACUGUUCUGAUCUCGGUUCAUUGUCUCCAUUUCAUGAAAAAAAACUCAGAGGAAUCUAGCAUAGCCUUAUGGAAACACGUUAGGAAAACCUUCAGUGCGUAUGAGGUUCCACCUUCGAAGAAGGAUCUUUUGGACCACAUGCAAUGGAUCAAAGAAGCUGUUUUUAGGGAUAAAGAUAUUGCAAAAGCAAAGAAUUUACCAACCUUUCUUUCAGAAAUGUCUGGAAAGAGGAAAGGUCUUUCCGAGGAUAAUAGAAUAGAGAAGAGAGCAAAGUUUAUAGUUUCUGAAGAAGAUGAUGACAAUGACGAUCACUAUGAUUCAUGUGAGGCAGAGGGAGAUCAAUUAUUUGAUCGUGUUUGUGCAUUUUGUGAUGAUGGUGUUGUGAAGGAAGAUGCAUACGAUCUUUUCAUCCAACUAUACAAUCUGGUGCUGGCUCUUCUUGUGAAUCUCUGGGUUAUAGCAGCGCACAAGUUCAUGCCAUACAGAUUUUUAUGUGCGAAAAUUGCCAAUAUCAAAAGCAUCAAUGCUUUGUUUGUGGUUUUCCCUUGCAUCUCGGCGACAUGCGGGCAUUUCUAUCAUCCACAGUGUGUUUCAGAGCUGAUUUUCCCCAGAGAAAAGAAUAAAGCUCAAGUACUCCAGAAGCAAAUCCAAGCUGGGGAGGCAUUUACUUGCCCUGCUCAUAUAUGUUUUAUCUGCAGGCAAGGAGAAUCUGCAGACGCUGCCCAAAGGCAUACCACCGCAAAUGCUUACCAAGGUUGCCCUGAAAAGAACAUUUCUUUCCAGCAGGACGAUGAAAAAAAUAUCCCACAGAGGGCCUGGGAAAAGCUUUUGAUCAAUCGAAUCUUGAUCUACUGCAUGGAUCAUAAGAUCUGUCGUAAUAUUCUCACACCAAAAAGAGACCAUCUGCUAUUCCCUGAAGUUGGUGGAAACAAAGAUCAGUAUCCUUCUGUGUUACGACCAGAAAAAUUACAUGUGAUGUCAGAAAGGAGGAGUAAGGUGUAUGGAAUUCUAACAGAUGAAGUAACAUUGAAAAAACUGCCUAAAGGAAUAACUGACGAUUUUAUCAAAAAUAAAGAGAAAAAACCUUUUGAAAAAGUUGGUAAAAUAAACUCGAGUGCAAGUAUGAUACGCCCACAGAGUAUUUCUACGUAUGAAUGGAGGAAACCAAACAAUCCUUCCGCAAUGGGGAGAUUCAAGUCCACGGUGAAAAGUGGUAAGCCACUGUCGUCAUCCAGCAUGGGAGGAGUUUCAGAAAAGGGUGCCAUUGCAAAUAUUCCAAGUAAAAAAGCUAGAACUUUAAGAACCCCAGAAAUGAGAAAGCGUUUUCUGUUAGCUUUUCUUAGAAAGGAAGAGUACGUGCUCCAAGAGUAUGAUGUUCGAAUACAGAUAUUAAUAAACAACUCCAUGUCUUCUUUUAAUGAGGAAGAGUUUCUUGCUGAACAGAGGAGGAAAUGUGUAAAUACUUCCUCCCAACUUUCCAGAGUGGUCAACACAAUUACCCUAGGAAAGGUGGAAUGCUUGGUUCAGGCUAUCCAAGCAGCAAUGAAGAAAUUACAAGAAGGAGGCACAAUUGAGGAUGCAAAAGCUGUUUGUGAACCUGCCAUUCUUUCUCAAUCGAUCAAAUGGAAGAAAAAGCUACAUGUCCUUCUUGCUCCCUUUAUACAUGGCAUGCGCUAUACAUCAUUUGGUCGGCACUUCACAAAAGUUGAGAAGCUGAAGCAGGUUGUCAGUAGGCUUCGUUGGUACGUGCAAGAUGGAGACACUGCCUGCAUCUUAAAUAGAACCAAGACCACCUCAAAGUCACAGGAUGAUAAUCUGUCAUUUGCAUUAUAUCCUACCACAGCUCGGAAUUCGGUUAAAAUUGUUGAUUUCUGUUGUGGAUCAAACGAUUUCAGCUGCUUAAUGAAGGAAGAACUUGAAAGAAUGGGAAGAAAGUGCUCCUUCAAAAAUUAUGACCUCAUACAACCAAAGAAUGACUUCAACUUUGAGAAAAGAGACUGGAUGAGCGUUGGGUUGGGAGAAUUACCUGAAGGAUCUAAUCUGAUCAUGGGGCUAAAUCCUCCUUUUGGUGUUCAAGCAUCUCUGGCAAAUCAAUUUAUCGAGAAGGCUUUGAGCUUUAUGCCAAAGCUUCUUAUUCUCAUAGUUCCCAAAGAAACUGAAAGAUUGGAUAUGAAAGAGAUUCCAUAUGACCUAAUAUGGGAGGAUGAUCAGAUUUUAUCUGGCAAGUCGUUUUACCUUCCUGGGUCAGUAGACGUGCAUGACCAACGAAUGGAACAGUGGAACUUGGAGCCACCACCUUUAUACUUGUGGAGUCGACCUGACUGGACCAUCAAGCAUAACUCAGUAGCACUGGAGUACGGUCACUUGCUACCGAAUCAAGGCAUGGGACAUGAUUUCCCCACCUUUGUGAAUGGCUAUGGUGAUAUUAACAGCAUUCUAGAAGAAUCAAUUCCAGAAGCAGAUAUCUGAUGAUGGUUGAGUCCCAUCUUUGCAACAUGAGCAUAUGAAACAAAUGGUUGCGACUACCUGUCUGUUUACAUAGCUUGUUUUUAGAUGUCUCUUUCUGCAACUUGAUGACUAAAAGUGCAAUCUAUUAGGCUGUAAGACUUACAUAUAUCCUGCGUUUCUUUUUGGAGAUUGAUCUAACAAGAUUGCCCCUUGAAUGAUCAUAUCAUAGCGUAUAAGAGCUGGUAGUUCAUUAAUAUAAAGAUCUCCUCAAUUCAUAUAACAA